UUGUGUCGAUGACAAGCCAUCUGGCAACACUGGUCAAUAUUAAACAUAUAUUAAACAAAUUAAAAUGAGCUCAAACCACCGUCCUCUGGACGAUUCGGAUAUCCUCCUAAUACAAACCAUCCGCGAGACGCCGUCGCUGUACGAUCCCCAGCUGCCCUCCUUCCGGCUGUCUCAGCGCAAAGAGGAGGACUGGGCAAAAGUGGCAGAUUUGCUAAACAUCUCCAUCUCAGACGCUCGGCGACGGUGGACGUGUCUGCGGGAUCGCUACUCGCGGGAGCUCAAGCAGAAGCGCAUGCAUCCGUCCGGCGAGUUUGGUCACAAUGACUUCUUUCGGAAGAUGGACUUCCUGCGGGACUUUGUGCGCAAGAGACGCGAGCGCCGAGGACGCGAACGGGAACAAAAGCCAACCGGGUGGAUGAAGGUUGAUUUACAGCGACGGCGUCGUACCCGCCUGCCUAUGGACACAGACACCUUGAUCGAGGAGCAAGGAUCGCACGCCUACGAUGAGGGCGAGGAGCAACACGACUACGACGCGAAGCUGGAGUCUCAUACCACACAAUCGGAGACGUAUUCGGUGGUCGUGGAGGCGGACGAUGGGCAGGAGCCCGAACAGGAGAGCUUCGAUGAGUUCCUGGGCGAUACGGAGUGCGAGCAAAAGGUCAAGGUGGUCACAAUUCAUCCGGAAAUGGCUGCUCCGAAGGCGACGUCCGCAGCUGAGCCUAUGGAGUCUAACCACGCGGAUCUGAACUACUUGGUCUGCAUGCCGCCCAAUGCGAAUCAGGAGCGAGAGAAUUCCGCCCCAGAAUUAUCCAAUCCGCCGGCCGUCAUCCCUCAAAAGACUUGCGAAACAGAGGACGACUUCUUUUGCAAGUCGAUUGCCGCGUAUUUGCGCCAACUGUCGCGCGUGCACAAGAUCAAGGCCAAGGUGGAGAUGUACCAGAUUCUGGAGAAGUACAUACUGCUCGAGGAGAGCGGAACGGGGUCAGGAGCGGGCGGAUCGGGCUAAGCAGGUUGCAUGCAAUAUUUACAUAGGUUUUAACAUAGUUUUUUAAUGCAGUACAAAUAUACAAAGAGACGAAAA